AUGCAGGACUUGACAGGCAAAGUCAUCUUCAUCGCGGGAGGCUCAACAGGACUCGGAAAGUCUAUUGCCAAGAUCCUAGCAGUCCGUGGAGCUCACAUCACGAUCUUCGGUCGCAGGCCAAAUGUGCUUGAGGAGACAAGAAACGAGCUCUUGCGGCUUGCAAUCAGCCCGAAGCAGGAAAUCAAUGCGGUAGCCCUCGAUUUAAUGGACGCGGCACAGGUUGAAAAAGUCUUCAAGGAACAACCACGACUUCCCGACGCGCUUUACUGUGUCGCCGGCGGCUGCGUAUCCCAGCUCGGCUUCUUCACAGACUUAUCCAGCCAGCAGUUGGAGCAAUGCAUGCAAAACAACUACCUCACUAGCGUCUUCCCAUCGCAUUCCAUAUUGAAGCUGUGGAUCGAGGAUGACAAGAGCAAUGCCGUGAUAGGGGCUAAGAAAACCCGACAACUCAUCUUCAUUAGUAGUGCGGCAGCGCUCUGUAACGUUCCCGGCUAUAUUGCCUACGCAGCUCCCAAGUGCGCCCAGCGUGCUCUAGCAGACACUCUCCGACAGGAAGCCGCCAUUUAUUCGACCCCUACCUGCGAGUAUAAGGUCCACUGUGCUUUCCCCAACACCUUCAUGACCGACGCCUUCAUGGACGAGCAAAAGACCAAGCCCGAGCUGACGAAGCGUAUCGAAUCGUCUGACGGCCCCAUUGAGAAGCUGAAGACCAAGAUACUCCCAGCCGAGUACAUUGCUGAGUACAUCGUCGGAGGAGUGGCCAAGGGCGACUUUGCACUUGUUAGCGACUUCGAUACAGAGGUCCUGUGGAGCAACAUGCUGGGAUCGUCCCCUAAGAGAGGUCUGGGGUUCGUGGACUCAAUCCUUGGGCUGCUUUCCGGUUUCUUGGUCUGGCCGGUUCUGAGAUACACCUGGACUCGCAUGUGUGCCCAGGCUCACAAGAAAGAGCUCUGA